AGGCUUGGAGCGGAGGGGUCUUUGCUUCAGUCGGGGGCGACUGCGGCGCACGAGACCAUCCCGUCCGUGUCUUCUGCGUAGGACUUCAGAGAUAUCGGGAUAGAAAGAUCAAUACAUUUAGAAGGAGAGGGAUAUCUAUAGGCACAGGGGUUAUAUACGCACACACGCAGAGACACACACACACUCUCACCUAGAGGAAGUCCCGAGGUGAGAGAAAUUAUUGUAAAAAAAAAAGUGAAAUUUUGCAACAACAGCUAAAAACUCAAGGAGGUCAUCGCCAGCAACCAGACUCGUCAGCACGAUGGAGACGCUAGAGCAGAACAGCGUGCAGUACCAGUACAUCCAGCACGAGUACGGUGGCGAGCAAAGCUACAUGGGGCAGGAGGAUGACUGGGACCGUGACCUCCUCCUUGACCCCGCCUGGGAGAAGCAACAGCGCAAGACCUUCACGGCCUGGUGCAACUCACACCUGAGGAAGGCCGGCACGGGCAUCGAGAACAUCGAGGAUGACUUUCGGAACGGCCUCAAGCUCAUGCUGCUGCUCGAGGUCAUCUCAGGCGAGCGGCUGCCCAAGCCAGACAAGGGCAAGAUGCGCUUCCACAAGAUCGCCAACGUCAACAAGGCGCUGGACUUCAUCGCCAGCAAGGGCGUCAAGCUGGUGUCCAUCGGCGCUGAGGAAAUCGUUGACGGGAACGCGAAGAUGACCCUGGGAAUGAUCUGGACCAUCAUCCUGCGUUUUGCCAUCCAGGACAUCUCCGUGGAAGAGACGUCGGCCAAGGAAGGGCUGCUGCUGUGGUGCCAGCGCAAGACGGCGCCCUACAAGAACGUCAACGUGCAGAACUUCCACAUCAGCUGGAAGGACGGCCUCGCGCUGUGCGCCCUCAUCCACCGCCACCGUCCUGACCUCAUCGAUUACGCCAAGCUGAGAAAGGAUGACCCUAUCGGAAACCUCAACACGGCCUUCGAGGUGGCCGAGAAGUACCUAGACAUCCCCAAGAUGUUGGACGCAGAAGACAUUGUGAACACUCCCAAACCCGACGAGAAGGCCAUCAUGACCUAUGUGUCGUGCUUCUACCAUGCGUUCGCCGGCGCUGAGCAGGCGGAGACCGCUGCCAAUCGGAUCUGCAAGGUGCUGGCCGUGAACCAGGAGAACGAGAAGCUGAUGGAGGAGUACGAGAAGCUCGCCAGCGACCUGCUGGAGUGGAUCCGGCGCACCAUCCCAUGGCUGGAGAACCGCGUGCCGGAGAACACGAUGCGCGCCAUGCAGCAGAAGUUGGAGGACUUCCGUGACUACCGCCGCAUGCACAAGCCGCCCAAGGUGCAGGAGAAAUGCCAGCUGGAGAUCAACUUCAACACCCUGCAGACCAAGCUGCGGCUCAGCAACCGCCCGGCAUUCAUGCCGUCCGAGGGCAAGAUGGUGUCGGACAUUGCCAACGCGUGGAAGGGCCUGGAGCAGGUGGAGAAGGGCUACGAGGAGUGGCUCCUCACCGAGAUCCGCCGCCUCGAGCGCCUCGACCACCUUGCCGAGAAGUUCCGCCAGAAGGCGACGAUCCAUGAGACGUGGACCCACGGCAAGGAGUCGUGGCUGUCUCAGAAGGACUACGAGUCGUGCUCCCUGAUGGAGAUCAAGGCGCUGAUGAAGAAGCACGAGGCCUUCGAGAGCGACUUGGCCGCCCACCAAGACCGCGUGGAACAGAUCGCCGCCAUCGCACAGGAGCUCAACGAGCUGGACUACCACGACGCAGUGUCGGUGAAUGCGCGCUGCCAGGCGAUCUGCGACCAGUGGGACAGCCUGGGCACCCUCACACAGAAGAGGAGGGAGGCACUGGAGAGGACCGAGAAGCUGCUGGAGACGAUCGACCAGCUGUACCUGGAGUUCGCCAAGCGCGCCGCGCCCUUCAACAACUGGAUGGAAGGCGCCCAGGAGGACCUGCAGGACAUGUUCAUUGUGCACACCAUCGAGGAGAUACAGCUUCUCAUCACAGCCCACGAACAGUUCAAGGCGACCAUCCCCGAGGCAGACAAGGAGAAGACGGCAAUCUUGGCCAUCCACCAGGAGGUGGUGAAGAUCUCGCAGACCUACAACAUCAAGCUGGUCGGCCCCAACCCCUACUCCAACCUCACUCCGCAGGACAUCACCACCAAGUGGGACUCGGUGAGGCAGCUGGUGCCACAGCGGGACCAGUCCCUGCAGGAGGAGCUCGCGCGCCAACAUUCUAACGAGCGCCUGCGCCGCCAGUUCGCCUCGUCGGCCAACAUCAUCGGGCCCUGGAUCCAGACCAAGAUGGAGGAGAUCGGGCGCAUCUCAGUGCAGAUGCAGGGCACCCUGGAGGACCAGAUGAACCAGCUCAAGUCCUACGAGCAGAACAUCAUCAACUACAAACCCAACAUCGACAAGCUGGAGGGCGACCACCAGCUCAUCCAGGAGGCCCUCGUCUUUGACAACAAGCACACCAACUACACCAUGGAGCACAUCCGCGUGGGCUGGGAGCAGCUGCUGACGACGAUCGCGCGGACGAUCAACGAGGUGGAGAACCAGAUCCUGACGCGGGACGCGAAGGGCAUCAGCCAGGAGCAGCUCAACGAGUUCCGCGCCUCCUUCACCCACUUCGACCGGAAGAAGAACGGGAUGAUGGAGCCAGAUGAUUUCAGGGCGUGCCUUAUCUCCAUGGGCUACGAUCUGGGCGAGGCGGAGUUUGCGCGCAUCAUGACCCUGGUGGACGCCACCAACACCGGCUCGGUCACCUUCCAGUCGUUCAUCGACUUCAUGACGCGGGAGACGGCCGACACCGACACAGCCGAGCAGGUCAUCGCCUCCUUCAAGAUCCUCGCCGCAGACAAGAACUUCAUCACGGCCGAGGAGCUGCGCCGGGAGCUUCCCCCGGAGCAGGCCGAGUACUGCAUCUCGCGCAUGGCCCACUACUCGGGCUCCGAGGGCACCCCCGGCUGCCUGGACUACAUGUCCUUCUCCAUGGCCCUCUACGGCGAGAGCGACCUGUAACUCGCGGCACCGACCCCAACGACGCACGCCCCCGAACCCCCACCCCACCCCGCGGAGUUACCCCCGUCCCAAAUACAAAUUCAGAUCCAGAAGAAAUGCUUGCCCUCCCCUCCCUCCCAUUGCGGGGAUUCACCUGUGCCAAUCCCUCCUUCUGUCCCUCCGUACCCAAAAAUAAUUGCCACCUCCUUGCCAAGAAACGACAAUUCCACCACCCUCUCCCUCACCCCCCUGAAAAAAUAUAUUCAGCAUGGCCUACCCACCGUCCCCCCCCCUCCCUGUCCCCGAUCCUCCCUCUUCAUGCAAUCGCGACCCCAGCUGCCCCGCACAUUCUUGCCGUACGGGAGGACACCGGCCUUGACAAUCUCCCUGACCGUCACGGCCGGGGUUGGUGGUUCGCGGCGGGAAUGGCGGCGGUGGGCAUCCGUGGUCGGGGUGGCUAGGGUCUCGGUGGCGCCGCGGCGAAAACGAAACCGCUCACCGUGACAAUAACGGUGCCCGGUGUAGACUUCGGCAGAGCGGCGGAAUCGAGGGCUAGACGUGGCGCGGGACGGGGCUGGGAUCGGCGGUAGAUGCAAGCGGAAGGCUGGGGGGAUUGUUAAGGUCAAGAGGUCAUCGCGGAUGAUACACCGUGUAUGCCACCGCAACCUCGCCAUCGCUUCCGCCACCUCCGCUAGAUCCUCCGCUGCUGCUGCUGCUGCACAGUCGCCCGUGCUACCUCGAAGGGCUAUCUCGUCAUCAUCAUCACCACCACCACUGCCACCACCACCGCCGCGUGGCUUUAGGUCUUCCCUCUUGACCACCAGGCUCUAGUUGCCACUUCCAUCGUCUGUGCCAUGGCGAGGUUUAAUUGUGGGGUUAGCUGGCCAACAAUUGGACGACACGUAACGCUAAGCCUUGCUUAUGGACUAAACCUUGAAGAUUAGUACAAAGGCGAUGUGCAGCGUAAAAAGACUGUCAGCGGCUGAAUGGCCAUUCAGUAAACUCUGCAUGGGGUGCGUUAUUUCUCAUGGCACGGUUGUUUUCGCCACAGCGCCUCUUUUGUUUAUGAUUAUUAUGAUUAUUAUAAACGAUAUUGUUUUAUUAUAACUUUUCUUGUUGUUUGGCCCGAAUUCUGAAAAGCCUGGAGACGUAAAUCUUAGUUUACGCUUAACCUUUAGCCUUUAACGUCCCUGGUUACAGUUUGCAGGCUUCUCUUUAGCUGUGCCGAACACUCCUCGUUGAUGUAUCAGCGGUCACCGGGGUGGGCAGAGGAGUUAGCUUCCUGGUAGGACAUGUAGCGUACCCAUAUUUAACUGCAGUCCUCAAAAGGGUGCCAGCCGAAAUGUCCGUCGCUCACGCCCUGCGAGCUGGAGUAGGUGAAACGGGAUGUUCUGAAGUUCGCUUGCCCUCGCCAUGCCCACGGGCCGUGUUUUUCCUGCGCUUUACCAAAUCAUCCGACGCGUCUAAUGCGCGUCAGACUUGACAUUACGAUUGGACACGAUCAAGGACCUGGAGGAGAGGGGCGCGGGUGAGGGCCUUGGGAAGCCAUCCCGUCUAUCAUCAUCAUCAUCAUCACCAGCACCAUCGCUACUGCUACCACCAUCAUCACCGGCACUGUCACCAUCACCGCCGCCAUGACUGCGCGCACCCCAGCGGGGCCACAGUGCUGUCUGCUGUGGGUUUAAUGAAUUAAACUCAAGUGCACAUCCGGCUUGGAUAAUUAGACAUGGUAAUUAGUAUUGUGUCUAAUUAUGGACAUGCAUAACAGACAGCACUGUCUCCCGUGGCUCGAGUGAAGGUUAGAAUCCAUCUGAGCCAGGGUCCUCUUUCGGGGUUUCCUCCCAUUAUCCCUUCACUUCCUGAGCUCCCGACCACCACCCCCGGUCCACCUUUCGAACCCCUCGUGCGGGACCUGUGGGGGGCCCCUCAGCCCUGGCUCGGCACUCCGUCUGGGACCCUAGGCUCAUAAUGGCCACCACCUGGAUAAGGCCGGGAAAACUCAGUGCUGCCCCAUGUUAAACCUAGGUCUGGGUCGUCAGAGCAAAAGCUGCAAUUAUCAGGGGAAGUUUUAAUUAAUUAAGCAAUAAUGAACUGAAGCUACCUUAAAUUUAAGUCGGCAAAUGAGAAGCUGAACGCAAUGUUUUUUGAUGUCUUGACUUGGUCUGUUACAGAAACACGUGCCUCUAUUUUAUCUUUUAACCUUUAACCUUAUCUUCUUCUUGACGAAUGCAAUAACCCCUGCACAGCAGCAAACGGGUGCCGAUAUAUUUUAAUAAACGGCUCAACCUACCGUGGGUGUGUCAAGGUUUAUUUUAUUGAGAGAGAGAGAGAGGUCAGGCGGUCAGAGAAAGCGAAUGGAUUGAGUUGAUGAAAAGAAAAUGACUGGUAGAGAGGAAUGAGCUGAUGGGCGGAACGGGAAUUGUAUCCACGAUACUCGCAUCGGGAGUGAAGCGGUGAUGCCGUUCGUGAACGUUAAGCGGAGAAGGGGGCUGGAAUGGAAGACAGAAAUCGAAUUGUGCGCCACACACAAAACUAAAGGCGGAGGCCCCACGAGUAAGGCGCUGAGAUUCCAAAGCCAGUUCAAGGGCACUUGGAAGAUCCCUGCGUGACCCAAUGAUAGACACCCCCACUGACAUAAUAGGGAGAAAAUUAAGUGAAAAUUACAAUUCAUAAAUCGACAAAGCCACUGCAUGUCUUCCCAGCAAUCUCAAUAGACGUGUUAUGUUUUAACACCCUCGUCUGAGACAUGAGUAAUCGUUUUCACGAUAUUCAGUCAGCUGUUGAGAAGGAAAUAGAGGGAGAGGUGGGGGGGGCAUUAUAAAUGGAUCACCCUGUGUAUUUUUGUGAUCUCCCAGUGCCUUAUUAGGACCGACGAUGCCUUUAAUGCGUGCGGUGUAGAUUCCGAUUCGAAGAGAGUUGAGCGUUGGGAGUGGAUUGAGAUGAAGCGUAUUUGUGGUUAUAGCUUCAUGUUACAUUGACACACACACAGACACACACACGUGGGUAUGUGUUUGGCUGUGCAGUGGGCUAUAGCUGAUACUCGAUGACAGCUACUUUCGGGAGUGACCCGGCACCUUUUUAGCCGAACCGAUACUGUGGCUUUACUUUGAUAAUCGAACAUUACACGUGUGUCCAUGCUGAUGAUGGAGACACGUCUGAACACGAAUCGCACACAGUUAUGGACUUGGACUUUCAAACUGUGUUUUUUUGUUGCUGCAUCUCGUGACAAUAAAGACAGUCCCGUUUAAAAGUU